CCAGGGUCCUGCAAACACUGCCGUCCCAGCCGGUGAAGGACUGUUUCAGCGCAGGGGAGCAGCUAAACCAGUCCGACAGGUGUGAACCGUAGAAUAGCGUAUCUCAGGAGGCGUUUCUCUCAGUGGACAGUGUGCCGCAACACACCAUCCAGUCCUCCGUGCAGCUUCGAGGAGCCGAAGAUCCACCAGCAGACGCUUCUUGAUUCGCUGUUUCCCUUCUUAUGGUGAUGGUGUGAUCAAGCCUCAGCCAAGAAACCUCCAUUAAAGACAGAGAUGGCGACGUUGACCCUGGGGCUGUCGGCGUGCAGCCUCCUCCUGCUCUACCUCAUCCUGGAGUCUAAGGAGUCCUUUACAGCUUUGGCUGGCUGGAGACCAGAGGACAUUCCUCCGAAAGAGAUGUUUCGCCAGAAAAGAGCGACAGCAGAUGAGGCGACGUUUAACUGGACGUACGUGAUCGACAUCGAAGUGAACGGUUCCACCGGCCUCAUAGCCGCACUGAACAACAUCAGCCUCCCGGUCCAACUCAACAACAUUACCCAGAUCAGCGAGAUUCAGGUCACCACAGCAUGCACGCCGGUGGGCGCGGGUGAGCAGUGCCGCUGCCAGGAAGGGUUCGCCUGGCCAAUCGAGAGCUGCCUGGCCCACGGCGCCUGUGAUGUCAUCGCCAAGGGUGUCUGCACCUGCAUCAACGGCCCCCCCGCCGACGGGCAGUCCUGUCAACCAAUCGAAUCACUGCAGGCGGAGGUGGUGUUGGAGGUGGUGGUGGAGCUCCACCUCAUAGACCUGGCCACCCUGGAGACUCUCCGCGCCCGGCUGGAGAACAGCAGCUUUCCUCUGGCCCUCAGUCCUGCUGUCGAGAUCACGGACAUCAACAUCACCACAGUUUGCUCUCCAUUCGGGGCUGGGUUCCAAUGCACAUGUGAGGAUCCGUAUCGCUGGCCAUGUGACAAGUGUCUUCUGCAUGGGUCAUGUGACAACAUCACUGAUGAGACGUGUGGAUGCAUCAAUGCCCUUCCCCCUGAUGAAGAAUACUGCCAGCUCUCCCAACUCAUCAAUACAACUUGUCCUUUCACGACUUCUGCAACUCCGUCCACAACUUCUGCACCUCCGUCCACCACUUCUCCAUCUACAACUUCUCCACCUCUAUCAACCACUUCUCCACCUCCAUCAACCACUUCUCCACCUCCAUCAACCACUUCUCCACCUCCAUCAACCACUUCUCCACCUCCAUCAACCACUUCUCCACCUCCAUCAAUCACUUCUCCAAAUCCAUCCACCACUUCUCAAACUCCAUCAACAAGUCCUCCACUGGUCUUUGAGUACCUGACUACUAUCGAGUUGCAAACCACAAAUGUUACAGUGAUAGAGGAACUGAGGAGCAUCCUGGAUAACAUCAGCUACCCCUUCCCCAUCGACAGCAACAUACUGAUCUCUGAGGUCAACAUCACCACAGUUUGCUCUCCAUUCGGGGCUGGGUUCCAAUGCACAUGUGAGGAUCCGUAUCGCUGGCCAUGUGACAAGUGUCUUCUGCAUGGGUCAUGUGACAACAUCACUGAUGAGACGUGUGGAUGCAUCAAUGCCCUUCCCCCUGAUGAAGAAUACUGCCAGCUCUCCCAACUCAUCAAUACAACUUGUCCUAUCACAACUUCUACACCUCCAUCAACCACUUCUCCACCUCCAACAACCACUUCUCCACCUCCAUCAACCACUUCUGCGCCUCCGUUCACCACUUCUCCACCUCCAUCAACCACUUCUCCACCUCCAUCAACCACUUCUCCACCUCCAUCCACCACUUCUCAAACUCCAUCAACAAGUCCUCCAGUGGUCUAUGAGUACCUGACUACUAUCGAGUUGCAAACCACAAAUGUUACAGUGAUAGAGGAACUGAGGAGCAUCCUGGAUAACAUCAGCUUCCCCUUCCCCAUCGACAGCAACAUACUGAUCUCUGAGGUCAACAUCACCACAGUUUGCUCUCCAUUCGGGGCUGGGUUCCAAUGCACAUGUGAGGAUCCGUAUCGCUGGCCAUGUGACAAGUGUCUUCUGCAUGGGUCAUGUGACAACAUCACUGAUGAGACGUGUGGAUGCAUCAAUGCCCUUCCCCCUGAUGAGGAAUACUGCCAGCUCUCCCAACCUAUCAAUACAACUUGUCCUAUCACGACUUCUGCACCUCCGUUCACCACUUCUACACCUCCAUCUACAACUUCUCCACCUCCAUCAACCACUUCUCCACCUCCAUCAACCACUUCUCCACCUCCAUCAACCACUUCUCCACCUCCAUCAACCACCUCUCCAAAUCCAUCCACCACUUCUCAAACUCCAUCAACAAGUCCUCCAGUGGUCUAUGAGUACCUGACUACUAUCGAGUUGCAAACCACAAAUGUUACAGUGAUAGAGGAACUGAGGAGCAUCCUGGAUAACAUCAGCUACCCCUUCCCCAUCGACAGCAACAUACUGAUCUCUGAGGUCAACAUCACCACAGUUUGCUCUCCAUUCGGGGCUGGGUUCCAAUGCACAUGUGAGGAUCCGUAUCGCUGGCCAUGUGACAAGUGUCUUCUGCAUGGGUCAUGUGACAACAUCACUGAUGAGACGUGUGGAUGCAUCAAUGCCCUUCCCCCUGAUGAAGAAUACUGCCAGCUCUCCCAACUCAUCAAUACAACUUGUCCUAUCACGACUUCUGCACCUCCGUUCACCACUUCUACACCUCCAUCUACAACUUCUCCACCUCCAUCAACCACUUCUCCACCUCCAUCAACCACUUCUCCACCUCCAUCAACCACCUCUCCAAAUCCAUCCACCACUUCUCAAACUCCAUCAACAAGUCCUCCAGUGGUCUAUGAGUACCUGACUACUAUCGAGUUGCAAACCACAAAUGUUACAGUGAUAGAGGAACUGAGGAGCAUCCUGGAUAACAUCAGCUACCCCUUCCCCAUCGACAGCAACAUACUGAUCUCUGAGGUCAACAUCACCACAGUUUGCUCUCCAUUCGGGGCUGGGUUCCAAUGCACAUGUGAGGAUCCGUAUCGCUGGCCAUGUGACAAGUGUCUUCUGCAUGGGUCAUGUGACAACAUCACUGAUGAGACGUGUGGAUGCAUCAAUGCCCUUCCCCCUGAUGAAGAAUACUGCCAGCUCUCCCAACUCAUCAAUACAACUUGUCCUAUCACGACUUCUGCACCUUCGUACACCACUUCUACACCUCCAUCUACAACUUCUCCACCUCCAUCAACCACUUCUCCACCUCCAACAACCACUUCUCCACCUCCAUCCACCACUUCUCCACCUCCAUCAACCACUUCUCCACCUCCAUCAACCACUUCUCCACCUCCAUCAACCACUUCUCCAAAUCCAUCCACCACUUCUCAAACUCCAUCAACAAGUCCUCCAGUGGUCUAUGAGUACCUGACUACUAUCGAGUUGCAAACCACAAAUGUUACAGUGAUAGAGGAACUGAGGAGCAUCCUGGAUAACAUCAGCUACCCCUUCCCCAUCGACAGCAACAUACUGAUCUCUGAGGUCAACAUCACCACAGUUUGCUCUCCAUUCGGGGCUGGGUUCCAAUGCACAUGUGAGGAUCCGUAUCGCUGGCCAUGUGACAAGUGUCUUCUGCAUGGGUCAUGUGACAACAUCACUGAUGAGACGUGUGGAUGCAUCAAUGCCCUUCCCCCUGAUGAAGAAUACUGCCAGCUCUCCCAACUCAUCAAUACAACUUGUCCUAUCACGACUUCUGCACCUCCGUUCACCACUUCUACACCUCCAUCUACAACUUCUCCACCUCCAUCAACCACUUCUCCACCUCCAUCAACCACUUCUCCACCUCCAUCAACCACCUCUCCAAAUCCAUCCACCACUUCUCAAACUCCAUCAACAAGUCCUCCAGUGGUCUAUGAGUACCUGACUACUAUCGAGUUGCAAACCACAAAUGUUACAGUGAUAGAGGAACUGAGGAGCAUCCUGGAUAACAUCAGCUACCCCUUCCCCAUCGACAGCAACAUACUGAUCUCUGAGGUCAACAUCACCACAGUUUGCUCUCCAUUCGGGGCUGGGUUCCAAUGCACAUGUGAGGAUCCGUAUCGCUGGCCAUGUGACAAGUGUCUUCUGCAUGGGUCAUGUGACAACAUCACUGAUGAGACGUGUGGAUGCAUCAAUGCCCUUCCCCCUGAUGAAGAAUACUGCCAGCUCUCCCAACUCAUCAAUACAACUUGUCCUAUCACGACUUCUGCACCUUCGUACACCACUUCUACACCUCCAUCUACAACUUCUCCACCUCCAUCAACCACUUCUCCACCUCCAACAACCACUUCUCCACCUCCAUCCACCACUUCUCCACCUCCAUCCACCACUUCUCCACCUCCAUCAACCACUUCUCCACCUCCAUCAACCACUUCUCCAAAUCCAUCCACCACUUCUCAAACUCCAUCAACAAGUCCUCCAGUGGUCUAUGAGUACCUGACUACUAUCGAGUUGCAAACCACAAAUGUUACAGUGAUAGAGGAACUGAGGAGCAUCCUGGAUAACAUCAGCUACCCCUUCCCCAUCGACAGCAACAUACUGAUCUCGGAGGUCAACAUCACCACAGUUUGCUCUCCAUUCGGGGCUGGGUUCCAAUGCACAUGUGAGGAUCAGUAUCGCUGGCCAUGUGACAUGUGUCUUCUGCAUGGGUCAUGUGACAACAUCACUGAUGAGACGUGUGGAUGCAUCAAUGCCCUUCCCCCUGAUGAAGAAUACUGCCAGCUCUCCCAACUCAUCAAUACAACUUGUCCUAUCACGACUUCUGCACCUCCGUCCACAACUUCUGCACCUCCGUCAACCACUUCUGCACCUCCGUUCACCACUUCUCCACCUCCAACAACCACUUCUCCACCUCCAUCAACCACUUCUCCACCUCCAUCCACCACUUCUCAAACUCCAUCAACAAGUCCUCCAGUGGUCUAUGAGUACCUGACUACUAUCGAGCUGCAAACCACAAAUGUUACAGUGAUAGAGGAACUGAGGAGCAUCCUAGAUAACAUCAGCUACCCCUUCCCCAUCGACAGCAACAUACUGAUCUCUGAGGUCAACAUCACCACAGUUUGCUCUCCCAUUCGGGAUGAGAUCGAGGUGGUCAUGUUAAUGACCCUAGACCUGCCCUUCACUCCGGAACUGAGUAAUCCAACGAGCAGCCAGUUCAUAGACCUGAGAGGAACAGCCCUGACCCCAUCACCUUCCCAGCCCGGUGUACACGGCCAGGCCCCGGACACUGACCUGUGGACCCCCGCCUCCCCAGGCGGGCAUCGAGGACCUGGCCACGGUCACCUGGACUCUGGGCACCAAUCCCGUCCAGAGAACCGAGGCCGCUUCCAGAUAACCAGUCCAUUCACCUGCACGCUGGUGAGCGGAGCUCUGAGGUUCAUCCAGCGUGGGCGCUUCACCACGACGACCCUCCUGGCAGCUCCCGUCCUCCUGGUCAACAGAGAGAGCAACGCCGUCUGUAGGGGCGGCGGCAAUACAGAUACGCCGCGGAGAUGCUGUGUCCAGCCGCCCUACAGGCCCCAGUGGGUCGGUGUGACACCAGUUAGACUGCACGAUCUCCACGCCGGUUACCACCAUAUGCCGCGUCAUAGGCAUCCCCGGCUUCCAGGCCAGCAGCCGGCUCAACAUCAUCACAGCAGCAGCAGUCAUCUGCAACAAACACGCUGUACGGUGUGGGCGGGCUGGGGACGAGUCCCGUCCCGGGUGUGGGCCCGGUUUGGAGGGGGAGCGCCUCGCUGUGUGCCAGGCCAGCAGGGUGUGGCUGACCCAGACCAACACCUGCAUCUCACCAGGAUCAACGAACUCCUGACCCAGUCCGAGAGUUUGAAUCAGAAUAAUGUUCCAUCGUUCGUGGGAAAUCUCAGCGAAUUGGUCACCUCGGAAGUUCAAAGCCAAACAGCAGUUACCCCGGUCACCAUUUCAGCCAUCGUUGACAUCCUGACCAACGUGGGCAACGUGAGCACGGAAAUCGUGGAGAACACCAUGCAGAGCAUCCUUAACACGGUGGAUGUGAUCGUUGGAGACAACACCAUCGAAUCGUGGGCUGAUCUGAACGCCAACCGAUCCCUCAACACCAGCUCCUUGUUCCUGAGCUCCAUGGAGACCAUCACCCAGUUCCUGAGCGGGGACUUCUCCGUCACCACGCCCAGCAUCCUGCUGAACAGAACCCAGUUCAGCGACUCCUUCAUGGCCCACAUCAACUCGAGCCUGGUCAUCAAUCUCCAGAACACCAACCUCACCGACACCUUCAUCACUACCAUCACCUUCUCCACCCUGAGCAACGUCCUGCCCCCCCGCACCAACGCCAGCUUCAACGCCAGCCAGGACGCCAACGCCACCGGGCCGGAGAUCCUGAUCAACGCGGCGGUGGUGCUGAUCCAGCUGAACGGGUCCAGGGCGCUGCGGCCCAACCUGACGCUGUCCUACCGCAAGCGGAACACCUCGCUCACCGAGGACCCGCAGUGCGUCUUCUGGAACUUCCAGCUGCUCGACUUUCAGGGCGGCUGGGACGACGAGGGAUGCACCUUCGUCUCGGACGUGGACGACGUGGUGGAAUGCAACUGCGACCACCUGACCUCCUUCUCCAUACUCAUGUCCACGGGCCUCCCGCCAGGAGCCGCGGAGGCCCUGGACAUCAUCACCUACAUCGGCGUGGCCAUCUCCAUCGUCAGCCUGGUCAUCUGUCUGAUCAUCGAGGCGCUCACCUGGAAGGCCAUGACCAGGAACACCACCUCCUACCUGCGCCACGUGUCGCUGGUCAACAUCGCCGUGUCCCUGCUCAUCGCCGACAUCUGGUUCAUCAUCGGCGCCGCCAUCACCUCGGAGACGGACCCGACGGAGAGGGUGCCCCAGGCGGCCUGCAGCGCGGCCACCUUCUUCAUCCACCUCUUCUACCUGGCGCUCUUCUUCUGGAUGCUGGUGUCGGCGCUGCUGCUCUUCUACCGGACGGUCAUGGUCUUCUCCCACAUGUCCAAGGCCACCAUGCUGGCCAUCGGCUUCUCGCUGGGCUACGGCGCGCCCCUGGUCAUCGCCGUGGUGACGGUGGCGGCCACGGCGCCCCAGGGGUACAUCCGGGAGUACAACGGCUGCUGGCUGAGGUGGGAAGACACCUUCGCCCUGCUGGCCUUCAUCAUCCCCGCCGGAGUCAUCGUCUUCAUCAACUUUGUCAUCCUGAUCGUGGUGCUGACGAAGAUGCUGCGCCGCGGCGUUGAGAGCAGCCACUCCGAGGAGAAGAACACGCUGCUGGUCAUCUUAAGAAGCGUGGCCAUCUUGUCCCCCACCUUCGGGCUCACCUGGGCUCUCGGUGUUGGGUUGAUGGUGGCUCCGAGGAAUUUGGGGCUUCAUGUCACCUUUGCGCUAUUCAACUCCUUACAGGGGUUCUUCAUUCUUGUGUUCGGGACUCUCAUGGACCCAAAGAUCCGAGCUGCUCUUUCCAGAACCAUCCCAGCCCUCAACUCCUCCUCCAACCAGACCCGGACUACCAGUGGAGGAGGAUCGUCGACUGGCAGAUGGGCGCUCCUCAACAGGAUACGAGGACGACGCGAUGUGUACCACGUGACGGGCGCGGCUAACACCAGCAGCUCCAACACCGCAUCGGAAGCCUACCUCAACAUUUAAUUUUGAACGUUUGUUAUUCAAUCUUAACGCUGUGACGUAACACAGAGCACUUUUCAUGUCUUGCAGGGAAUAUUAAAUAUAGGGAUUGUUGCUUUCACCGAGAUUCUGUUUUACCUUUAUUUGUUUUGUGUGUAUUUGAACUCUCAAUAAAACUUGUACAUGUUAUGUUUUACAAUG